AGCCCGGCGGUCAUUCUUGCACAGCGUUGCGCCCGAGGCCCCGAUUUGCUUUGCUGCUCUUCUCUGCCCUGCUCUGGCUGCACUGCAUCGAAAGUGACCCGAUCUGUCGAGCAAGUGACACUGCGCUGAGAAGAAUCAGCUGUCCAAGAUGAGACUCGAUUUUAGCGGAUUGGAUCCCGUCACUUUGCACCGUCCCAAAGCCGAUGCCGGUUUCGAUUUGCCAUGCCAGCCAAUCGGCUCUGCUCCUUCGUUCGACUUGCCCGCCGUCGCCGAUUUGGAUGGGUUCGAGAAAGCAGCUGUGGACAUGGUGAAGCCUCUUCAUGGAACUACCACCUUGGCCUUCGUUUUUAAGGAAGGCGUUAUUGUUGCAGCUGAUUCACGAGCAAGCAUGGGAAAUUACAUUUCUUCUCAGAACGUUAAGAAAAUUUUGGAGAUAAACCCUUAUCUUCUAGGAACUAUGGCAGGAGGUGCUGCAGAUUGUCAAUUUUGGCAAAGAAAUCUUGGCACACGGUGCCGCCUACAUGAACUUGGAAACAAGCGAAGAAUUUCCGUGACGGGCGCAUCCAAAUUACUUGCUAAUACUUUAUACUCAUACCGAGGAAUGGGUCUAUCCAUGGGUACUAUGAUCGCUGGCUGGGAUGAGACUGGCCCAGGCCUUUACUAUGUGGACAGUGAAGGAGGUAGAGUCAAGGGAAGGCGGUUUUCCGUUGGAUCAGGAUCAACGUACGCUUAUGGUGUUUUGGAUACAGGAUUUCACUGGGAUAUGACCAUUGAUGAAGCAGUGGAGCUUGCUCGACGCUCUAUUUACCAUGCGACGUUUCGUGAUGGAGCUAGUGGUGGUGUAGCGAGUGUGUACUAUGUUGGACCAAAUGGUUGGAAGAAGAUGUCCGGUGACGACGUAGGGGAGCUUCAUUAUAAGUACUACCCCGUGUCCGACUCGCCUGCAGAGAAAGAAAUUGUAAUGAAAGAGGCAUCAAGCGCUUCAUGAUUGUAAAGUUGCAACAGUUUGAUGGUUCGCAUGCGUUACAAAUGCUCGCCUUCAGCAACAAUCUCUUAUGGCUUUCGUUUACGGGACCCAAGGACCAACUCUCACCCAGUGGUUUCAAUCGAGCAAGGACAAUCUGCCCUUUUGAAUAUUUGUCAUGCAGUUGUCCUCGUCGACAAAUUGAUUAGCAGUGUACCUCCUUUGCGGUGCUGUUGAUUGUCUUCUUAAGAGAACAAUUAGAGAUGUUCGUAUGUUCUAAUCUGAAGAGAAAGUUUCAAUCACAGGAUGUUAUUAUAGCCAAGGAAUUGUCAUAUUACUUCCUUGCUUCAACUUUGAUACUGAGUAGUCUUUGUCUGCUCCAAGGGAAUGUUAGCCAGAACUUCAAUAAUGUGUUUGGCUUCUUUGGUCCUCAUUACCAACGGUUUCGUGGCAAGUGUACAUUAGAACUUCUGUCAUUGACUAACGUUGGCGACAAAUUGUGACCUAUCAUGUAUCACUGGUGCAAAUGUCCUUACUAUUCCGAGGAAUUGGUGCAAAUAUUUUCA